CUACAUACUGAAGAGUAAAAUAAAUAAACAAGUCUCGUGGGUCUCGAGCAUACACACAUUAUAUAUUUUAUUUUAAAUUUAUAUAUGAAUAAUAAUUGAUAACUAUGCCAACUCCAUCCAAUUUAAUAAUAUUUAUCAUUCAACAAACUUCCAAAAUCAACCAACCAUCAUCACAGUUUUGUUGUUAUCAGAAACCGAAUUACAAAACAUAAACCUUAAAAAACUGUCUUCAAGAUUCAACAACACCAUAUCAUAGGUUUCAUGUUGAUGUUUUCAUGAUCAUUAAUUCAUAAACAUGUCACAUAAAUAUUUUUUCAUUCUUUUGUCUCUCUUAUUAAUCUCAAGAUUCUCAACCAGUGUUUUUGUCGAAGAUAGUUUCAUCUCUGUGAUUAUAUCUGAUAAGGGUCUUGACUUUGUCAAAGAUAUUCUAAUAAACCAAACUAUUGAAUCUAUAGUUCUUUCUCAGCUACCACAAAUUGAGAAAUCUGUUCAAGUCCCUCUUGUUGGAAAAGCUAAUGUGAUUCUUUCUGAGAUAACAAUCAAAGAUAUUCAAGUGAGUUCUUCAUAUAUUGAAAUUGGUGAUACUGGUAUUGCUGUUGUUGUUUCUGGUGCUACUGCUGAUUUGAGCUUGAAUUGGAGAUAUACAGUUAGUAGUUGGUUAGUUCCAAUUGGAAUUUCAGAUAGUGGAACUGCCACUGUUAAGGUCGAAGAUCUGCAAGUCGGACUUACUGUAAAUUUAACGAACCAAGAAGGAACUCUUAAGCUGAUUCUCUUAGAUUAUGGAUGUGAUGUUGGCGAAUUAUCUAUAAAAGUGAACGGUGGUGCAGCGUGGCUUUAUCAAGUGCUAGUUGAUGCUUUUAAAGGAAAUAUAGGAUCUGCAGUCGAAGAUACGGUUUCUAAGAAAAUAAGUGAAGGGAUACCAACACUUGACGAUUUACUGCAAACUCUUCCGAAGGCAAUUUUAUUAGAUGAAACUGCUGUUUUGAAUGUUUCUUUCGUAGGCAAUCCUGUGCUGAGUAAUUCUUCUAUUGAACUUGGAAUCAACGGUUUAUUCACCGAGAGAAAUGAUGAUUUAGUACCUCAAGUUUACCACAGAGGAUAUGAUAACAUUUCUGUUUCUAGUGGUGAUUUACCAAAGAUGAUAAAAAUUUCUUUACAUGAAAAUGUUUUCAAAUCGGCCUCCGAAGUUUACUUUGCAGCAGAUGCGUUGCAAUGGAUACUUGAUGAACUACCUAAUCAGGCUUUUUUAAACACAGCUGACUGGAAAAUCAUCAUUCCUCAAUUAUACAAGCAAUAUCCAAAUGAUGAGAUGAAUCUUAAUAUCUCUAUAUCUUCUCCACCGGUUAUAGAAGUCUCAGAUCAAGAUAUCUAUGCUACCAUUUCUGUAGAUUUAAUCAUCGAUGUUCUGGAAGCCGAUGAAGUCAUACCUGUUGCAUGCAUCUCUGUUGACAUUAGUGCUUCGUGUGACGCAGAAAUUGUACGAAACAGUCUUACAGGUCGGCUUAAAUUGAAGAAGUUCUCGACACACUUGAAAUGGAGCAAAAUAGGGAAACUUCACAUGAAUGUAAUUCAGUCAACGUCAUCAACUGUCCUCAAAACCGUCAUCAUACCGUACCUAAACUCGCAGUUAAAGAGAGGAAUUCCAUUGCCAAUUCUCAAUGGUUUCGCCCUUAAGAAUGCGCGUAUCUUGUACACUCCUCCAUGGAUUGCAGUAUCUAGUGAUGUUACCUUCUUAGGAGACUACUAUCUUAAACAUCAUCUAGCUUAUGGUAAAAAAGGAGUGUACUAUACUUAUAAAGAUAGCUGGGAAGAGUGAAUGAGAUAUACAUUCAUGGAAGUACAUCAGUUACCUUCUUGUAUGUAUUCCAUCUUAUAGGACUUAAUUUUUUUUGUAAAUUAUUCUGUCAAACGGAUUACUUGUUGAAAAAUUUGCCAACAGUCAACCUCCUUAUUAUGAACUAGAUACAUCAACCUAAAAAUGACCGGAGGGAGUAUAUAACAUCACAUGCAGCCUCUUUAUUA